CUCCACGCCGCCUCCCUGCAGCCGCCCCCAGCACCCCGGAGCAUCCGCCCCGGGCAGCGCGUCCCCGAGGCCGCCAGGCCGGUCCUGUCCAUCCGUCCGUCGAGUCCGACCGUUGCGUCGCCCCCCGGCGCCAUGCCAUUCCUCGGGCAGGACUGGCGGUCCCCCGGGCAGAGCUGGGUGAAGACGGCCGACGGCUGGAAGCGCUUCCUGGAUGAGAAGAGCGGCAGCUUCGUGAGCGACCUCAGCAGUUACUGCAACAAGGAAGUAUACAAUAAGGAGAACCUUUUCAACAGCCUGAACUAUGAUGUUGCAGCCAAGAAGAGAAAGAAGGACAUGCUGAAUAGCAAAACCAAAACCCAGUAUUUCCACCAAGAAAAAUGGAUCUAUGUUCACAAAGGAAGUACUAAAGAGCGCCAUGGAUAUUGCACUCUGGGUGAAGCUUUCAACAGGCUGGACUUCUCAACUGCCAUUCUGGAUUCCAGAAGAUUUAACUACGUCGUACGGCUGUUGGAACUGAUAGCAAAGUCACAGCUCACAUCCUUGAGUGGCAUCGCCCAAAAGAACUUCAUGAACAUUUUGGAAAAAGUGGUACUGAAAGUCCUCGAAGACCAGCAAAACAUCAGACUAAUAAGGGAGCUACUCCAGACCCUCUACACGUCCUUGUGUACACUGGUCCAAAGAGUCGGCAAGUCUGUGCUGGUCGGGAACAUCAACAUGUGGGUGUACCGAAUGGAGACCAUCCUCCACUGGCAGCAGCAGCUGAACAAUGUCCAAAUCACCAGGCCUGCCUUCAAGGGCCUUACCUUCACCGACCUGCCUUUGUGCUUACAACUGAACAUCAUGCAGAGGCUGAGCGACGGGCGGGACCUGGUCAGCCUGGGCCAGGUGGCCCCUGACCUGCACGUGCUCAGCGAGGACCGGCUGCUGUGGAAGAAGCUCUGCCAAUACCACUUCUCCGAGCGGCAGAUCCGCAAGCGAUUAAUUUUGUCAGACAAAGGACAGCUGGAUUGGAAGAAGAUGUAUUUUAAACUUGUGCGAUGUUACCCACGGAAAGAGCAGUACGGAGACACCCUUCAGCUUUGCAGACACUGUCACAUCCUCUCCUGGAAGGGCACUGACCACCCGUGCACAGCCAAUAAUCCAGAGAGCUGCUCCGUAUCCCUUUCACCCCAGGACUUUAUCAACUUGUUCAAGUUCUGAAUCCCAGCACAGGAUGACACUUCAGACGGGUCCCCGGCUGAUCGGAUUCUUGGGAAUACGAAGUUUGGACACUUCAUUUGUAAAUAGUGUACAUUUGAAAUGCUGGCUCAAAACUUCUGAGAUAAGUCACUGAGAGGAUGUUGGAAGGGGAGAGAUGGAGUUGCUGGCGGGGAAUUUAAGACUGUGGACUUCUCAUUAGGAUUGAUACGGAAAAGCAGAAAGACUGUAGAGAAACUUUUUCCCUGACUAUUUGCCGGCAAGACUAUAAGGGCAGGAAUUGAGUUUCAUCGGUGAAAGUGGAAUUCCCCUGACGUUCCCUGACGCCUUUGUGGUUCCCUAGGGAUGUGGAAGAAAAGGGCAGAACUCAAUACAUGAUAGAACACUCUCUGUUUAUAAUGUGAAAUUUUGCUGAAAGAAAGGAAGAGAAGAAGAAAACUUCAUUACAUAUGAAAAGUUCCUGUGCUUUGGUUUUGAUUUUUUUGGGGUUUGUUUUAAAAAGGCAGAGGAAGCACCACCCAUCUUAAACCGUGUGGGCUUAGGGCCUUAUCUUGCGAAUAUAUCACACAAUAGUCUACCUCGGAAAGUAUGCGAUGCCCUCUCUGACAAACUGCAUUGUCCAGUAGACAGUGUCUGUUUUUCUUGUUUUUUUUCAUCACGUGAAAGUGGCUUAAAUAGGAAAGGAAUACUGGAGGCAGUCCACGUCGUGUUUCAGACUUCCUUUUUAGGCAAAUAAGCAUUUUUGGAGUUGCCUCUCUUCUAGAACAGCCCCACAGCACCUUUGCCUUUCUCCCUUCCGUGUUGUAGCUCAUUCAAGGCAACACAAGGCCAAUUGAAAACAGUCCCAGAGGAAGUCCUACUGCAGAAAAGAUAGAAUUAGUCACCUAAUAGCUGUGAAGACUUUCUUAUUCCUGUUUAACUUCUUGGCUUGUCAGGGCUUCCUGGACUAUCUUCACGGAUAAGCGUUAUCUGCGGACUGGUCGGAGCCAGAGUGCUGAUAGAGGCUUGUGAAACAGAUUUUACAUAUCAGUUCAACAUGUUUCCAGCUGCCUUUCCUUAUGACAGGGGAUGAGUUGAGGGGCUUUGUUUUCUGUUCGUCCAACAUCAAAAUUCAGUCAACCUAAGCUAGCACUUCUUGCGAGGAAGACAAGAUAAAGCCUGGCGUUCCAACCACUGGGAACAGAAGUACUGUGAGUUCAUCCUACACUUGCUCCGUACCCCGGGGGUCUUGCGAGGCCAAUACCGGCAGGUGGCUGUGUUGAAGAAAGGAAAUCUCAGGACUUAAUGAGUUCAUUGUCAAAUAUUCCUGGGAUGGGGAAGGGGAUGUUUUGUUUUGUUUUUGUUUUUUUACUUUUUAUAGAACUUUGCUUUUCUACAAUAAUGUACAUAUUCUGGCAGUUGUAUUUGCUUCGUGCUUUUUAUGCAAAUAAAGUUGCCACUCUGCACGCCCUUGGCAAAUAGGUGAAGCAGAAAUAGGAAACUUGGCUCACAUCCACGUUGAAGAACAGGAUAUCCUUAGGGGUUGAACCUUGGGGUGGCCAGAUGAGGGGAGAGAUGGUCAAGCAUGUACGGAAACAAGGCAAGGGACCAGCUGGCGAUGCAGAGCGCCGUCAUGCCCUCCCAUCAGUUCACAGCCCAAGACUCAGCAUUCUGAAGAGAAGUCAACUGUUCGUCUCCCUCACCCUGCAGUGCCUGCACCUACACCCCAGAGUGUCUCCACAUUUGUUUGCUUUAUCACCCCCAAAAGAAGAAAAUAUUGAAUUGAAUUUCAGUUCUCACCACUGUGACAAAUUAAAUAUUAAAGAGUAAGAUCUUGUUGGGUAAGGCUGAGCUUUAGGAACCCCUGUAUUACCUGAUGAGAUUUUUGCUUCCACUCCCUCCUGAGCAAGAGUCACAUUGAGAAUGCAGGGCCUAAGAGGGGGAAUAAAAAGCUAGCACUUCCAUAAUUCAGAGAACUGUCCUCAAAUGUCUCAGCUCCCUUAAAGACGUGGGGCGGAGCUGGGUUUAUUGUUUCUCUGGGAUCUCUGGAACCUUUGGCUCUGACACUGUUAGGGUUAGGCAUUCAUGGCCUUCCACAUCUGCCCAUCAACUCAUGACCCCUACCCCUUCAUGCUGAUCAGGGAGAUGGAAACUCCUGGGUACCCUCAGGUUUGCAGUCCCAGAAAUUUGCCCACUUUCCACAGUCUGCACAAAACUGGCAAACCAGUCUCAUCUGUACUUUGUGCAAUGCCCACAAGGCACAUCUGACCCUGGGCAGCGAGGCACCUCUGUACAGGAUGACUCCUACCACCGGGGGCGGGGUUAUGGUUUUCUGAGAUGUCUACCUGGAUGGUGCCUCUGGGCUCUCCCCAUCUCUGCUGGCAUUUUCAGAGGUGGCGUGCGACACAGUCAAGAAAAAUUUUUAAGGAAGAAAGAGAAGAAACCAACACUCUUGGUUCUCUUUCAUUGGCAGAGAAGAAUAAGGAAGGAAAUGGCAGGUGGAGAGGGACGGGGGAAGGAAUAGAAAUGGCCUAUCCUGGACAUUGUGAUUUGUAUGAAGGCGAUGGAGUAGGACAUUUUGGAUGCAGGGCGUCUGUGCUGCCGCCACAUGCCAGCUGUUAAGCAUGGUCAGAGCCUUGCAUGUAAGUGAAGUGAGUGAAAAAGAAAAUACUUGUUCCCCGGUACUAAUCAUCUAUAGCAUUUCUAUUGGCAAACCCUCUCAGGACAACGUCACCUGAAAAAAACAAAAACAAAAUCCAAGAAUCCCUGUCUCCAAACUACUGGUAAAAAGCCAGAGGGACAGGUCAAUGGAAAUUGCUGGAAGAAAUAGAAAGCUCUCCUCUCUUUGCUCUACCUACCUACCCCCGCCUCCAACCCUGUAAUGUAGAAUUUGAAGCUGAUGUCAACUAUGAAGUAAUGUGGACUUCCGGAGAAAAAGGAGCGUGUCCAGGGCAGUGUGAGCAAGUCCACAGGGAUGUUCUGUAUGAUGAGCUGGUCCAACAUGUAGGAGCAAUGAGCCUAGAGUCUCUUAAGAGUAAGGCACAACGUUUGGGGAAAGCAGUGAGCACUCACUUCAUAGCAAGACCCAGAAAAAGGCCCAAUGACAUCUGAAACCAGAUUGCAUUAUUAAUGCUGUUACUCUGUGGAGAGGGAUCAGUAGCAUGGGAGGGUGAGUGGCAGAAACUACAAAGUAAAAACAUCCCCAGGCCACUGGGUGUGAGAUGACAUUUGUUCGGUGAUGAUCAAUCGUAUAUAUUGAAGUAGCCGGGAGGAGAUAUUGGAGAUGGGCUGGGUUGACACUGCAAAACACGCAGCAAGGGCGAAACCUCCUUGGGGAUGGUGACUUGGUAACAAGUUGUGUACUGUGUUACCACUGGGAUUCUCAGUGGAUUCAGAAACUGUUUUCUCAUUAGGAGCCUGCAAUUAACAGGCUCCCCUUUUCUGUGGCUUCCUAUGUGGGAGAAGGGAGGGGGCUUAGAAUAUCGUUUGUCUAAGCAAGUGGUGUGAUUCACAAGGUCAAUCAUUUCAAGACAUGUUCAACAGUGUAUCAUUUCUAGCACUCAAUACAAUGUUUAUCAUAAAACAUGUACCUGAGCUUAUAUUUUUCUGCCAGGCUAUAGGGCAAUAAUGUUUUGCUAUGCUCUCUAUUUUAUGUGUGAAUUUUUUUUAACUAAACUAUAUCAAACAUAUUCUAUGUGGACAUCUGGGAGUUUUUGUUUUGUUUUGUGUUUUGUUUUUAUCUGUUUCCAACUAUCUGAGUCUGUGAACCAUCCUUCUGACUGGAUGCUGGCCUAAAAUCCUAUUAGUGUUUAAACAGACCUCAGAAACACCCCGAACCUCUAGACAAAUGCAAAGGCAUGACUCUCUGAUAUAUCUUGGGCUCUUGAUGUCUUCAGUAAACAAGAUCAUAACUCCUUUAAACUCCAGGUUUUCUGUAGCUGCUUUUUCUCUGGUUUGUUUGUUUUUUUUUAAGGGAAUAAACCCUUUCUGGUUUUCCAAAGGGAAGAAACUCCUACCCCAGACGUUAGUGCUAGAAGGGAAGUUAAAGAUGGUGGAGUCUGGCAUUCCUUCGGCCUUUUGGCGUUAGGGAGAGGGUCCACAGUAUUCAGGGGACAAGUCUGAGCCCAUCUGGUACUCAGCGGUAGACCGGAGUAUGAACCUGGGACUUUCAGAGGUCUUUACUUUCUGCCCCCUACCCAGCAUCCUUUGCUAUGUCUGGAGACACAUGAUACCUGACCUGAAUCUCCUCAACACCUUCACUGUGGAAAGCAAGUGUUUGAAAGUCCAGUGUUAGGCAUCUGGUCAUUAUCUUUUACGACUAUUUUAAGCCCCUGGCUCUCUCUGGAGAAAUUAACUUUCUCCCUGGAGCCACUUAACAUUUUUACAGACCUUUGCCUCUGCUGUGAGGACAGCAUUCUAGUGAGAACAAUCUGCUCACCAUAAAGCAGGCAGCAUGUUUGACAAAUUCACUUUUUCCCUGGGUACUUGCAUUUUAAUUACAAAAGUGGCCCUUAAGACAGAUAAUGACUGAGCAGCCAACUUGCUCUCCAGAAACUGAGGUUCUGAAACCAAGCUUGGGAACCAAGCAGGUAUUUCCUCUUCUCUUAGACUAAGAGGUACCUUUAAUCCAUACCCUUCAUCUCCCCAUCUUCCAGCACCCGGCAUGAGACCUAGUGAGCUUCUGUCCCAGGGGGGAACCUCCCAUUCUCGGCUACACCUCAUCUUUGCUAAGCAAAGAGAAAUUAUUCCAAGAGGCAGCAGGGAGCGAGGCACCACCGAUAUUUCUGACUUUGUCUGCUGGACAUUUUUCCAAGUGUCCCUGAACUCGGCAAACAAAGCUUCCUGAGAAAUCUCUCAAAACUCAGGUCCUGUUCCAUUUGUCCAAAAAUGGAUAGCUGCUCCAAAUCUCUGAACUUCUUAAAACUCCAUCUGCUACAACAUUACUUCUGGAGUUUGAACAGGACUUUUUCUGUCUUUGAGUAUAGCAAUGUUUGUUUAAUUAACGAUGUGCAAGUCUGUUAAACCGAAGGCUCCAAGUACUGUUCUAUGCUUGUGAUCUCUUGGCACCAAUUUUAUUCUACCAAGUGCCAAUAACCCUGGCUGAAGGGGAUGUAUAUUCAAGUCCAUGCCCUAAGUCUAGAAGCUUUACUCCUUUUAAUAAAAAAAAAAUACUAUAGGGGGUUGAACAUUGUAACUAAAAGUAUAAGGUUAGACUAAUUACACACAAAGCUGUUUAUUUAAUAUUAUGUGAGCGAAGCCCUCCUGUAUAAAUUAUUUGCACACUUUUCUUGCAUGAUGAAUUGAUUUUUUUUAUAGUUGUUUGUACCAGACGGUGGCAUAUUUUUGUAAAGAUUUUUUGACACUGAAUUACAAUAAAUGUUUUUCCAACAACA